UUUAUUAUGAGGACUAUAUGCUCUAGAGACCUCAGGCUAGGCGGCUCUUGGGGGGCUUUUCAUAAAACACGGCUCUGUUGCUAUAAAGGAGGCCACUUUUGGAGCAGGCGCCGAGCAGUGAACAUCUAAACAUCCUCCCUCCCCCCUCACAUCCCAAACUUUCAUCUCGCAUCCUCUCCGCUGGCUUUCCCUCCCUGAUAACCUGAUUUUCUUUCCAAAAAAGGGGGAUUUGUGUCUUUUUUUCCCGGGAAGUUGCAGCUUUCGACCUCCACCGAGCGUCUCCCAAAUGUAUAAAAUGGAGUAUUCUUACCUCAAUUCCUCCGCCUACGAGUCAUGUAUGGCCGGGAUGGACACGUCGAGCUUGGCCUCGGCCUACGCGGACUUCAGCUCUUGCAGCCAGGCCAGCGGCUUCCAGUACAACCCCAUCCGGACCACGUUCGGCGCCAGCUCCGGCUGCCCGUCCCUCACGCCGGGCUCCUGCAGCCUGGGCACCCUGCGAGACCACCAGAGCAGCCCGUACGCGGCAGUGCCCUACAAGCUGUUCACCGACCACGGAGGACUGAACGAGAAGAGGAAGCAGAGGCGGAUCAGGACCACCUUCACCAGCGCGCAGCUCAAGGAGCUGGAGAGGGUCUUUGCUGAGACCCACUACCCGGACAUCUACACCCGGGAGGAGCUGGCACUCAAGAUAGACCUGACUGAAGCCAGAGUGCAGGUCUGGUUCCAGAACCGACGGGCCAAGUUUCGCAAGCAGGAGCGAGCAGCCGCAGCUGCCGCCGCCGCCGCCAAGUCCACCACCGGCAAGAAAACCGACCCCAGAGAUGAAGACAGCAAAGACGUGAAAUCCACAGACCCGGACAGCACCGGAGGACCCGGCCCGAACCCCGUACCCACCUCCAACUGCGGAGGUCCCAGCCCCACAGGGGUGCAGGUCAACAGUAGCGGGAACGGACAGGUGGACCAAGGGAAGACCUCCGUGUCCUCCGGCAUGGGGGUGACGGCGCCGAGCCAAGGCUGGGCCACCGCCCCGGGGACCAUCACCUCCAUCCCGGACUCUCUGGGCGGGCCGUUCGCCAGCGUGCUGUCGUCCUUGCAAAGACAGAACGGAGCCAAAGCUUCGUUAGUAAAAAGCAGCAUGUUCUAAACACGCACACUCUCCAGGACAGUGAAAUGAUUGACAGAUGGACUAUGAAAGUGUUUUUUUCCCCCCGUUAUGACCUCUGCUGUACAAAUCAAUUGUUGUCUCGUCAUGAUGUUGAUUCCUUUUGGUUUUACUGCAUCAGCUGCAGUUUUACUACAAAACUCCAGCAUGUGACCAAUGAAUAUUUGUCUCUAAACGCAAGCAGGACUUUAUAGUUUCUUUAAAUUGUCAAUGUAUUAAAAAUGGCACAAGGUACCCCUCCCUUUAUUGGACUUUUGUGUGUCUUUCUACUGCAGUUUUCGUGGCUCCAGUCGUGUAGUGUGAAUACUUAGUAGUAAUACAUACUCGCCUUGUAUAGUCUUCAUUUUUUUGGAUGUUGGGACUUCAGUUUUUUUUGGGGGUGGGGCUGAGAGGAGAAAAUGAUGCAAGUGUCAUUUGCAUGUUGUCUCUUUUUCCAUUCUCCCAUUGUGUGAGUUUCUGUCCUGGCUCUGAAGCUUAUUUAUGUCGGUACUGAAUGCUUAUAUUUAAGAAGGGGGUAUUUCUACAUGUGCACAUAGUUUUCCAGGUGUACCAUUCAGAUGGUUGUUGAUAAAAAAAAAAAAGAAUUAUAGUGCAAGUGGCCUUUGUCGUUUGUUGUUAGGAUCCACUUCAGUACCAUGAACAAUAAGAGGAAAAGAUGCAUUCAGGGUGACGUUUCACUUUAAACUGUGAUGCACUCCAAAUAAACACAGCCUACAAUCGAAAAAUACUUCAUGAUGCAAGUUUUACCUUCAAUUUGUUGCCUGGACAUGAAAAGGAAGCAGAAUCCUCUGCAAAAAUGACACAGAUCUGCGCGAUCACAGCA